AGCUGUUGUUAAUCUUGCAGUCAGCAGGGUGUCAUAGACACACACAGCGUUGGGCUCGAAGGACUUUACAACAACGGUGUCGACUUCUCCCACUUUCACUUCGGCUGUUUUAUUUCGCCUGCUUGUUUUCUCAACGAACAAGUAUUUUGUUUGUGGUGUCACUGCUACGGCAGUCACAAUGCCGCUGAACUCAAAUAUGGCUGGUAAAAACUAUGAUUACGACUAUGACUCGGUCCAGCCCUACUUCUACUUCGACAUUGAGGAGGAUAAUUUCUAUCACAGCCAACUCCAACCCCCUGCUCCGAACGAGGAUAUAUGGAAGAAAUUCGAGCUGCUGCCGACACCGCCGCUUUCUCCCAGCCGGCGACCCUCUCUGUCAAGCCUCUUCCCUUCGACUGCAGACCAGUUGGAGAUGGUCACGGAAUUUCUCGGGGAUGACGUGGUGAACCAUAGUUUCAUUUGUGACGCGGACUACUCCCAGUCUUUUCUCAAAUCCAUCAUUAUCCGGGACUGUAUGUGGAGCAGUUUCUCGGCUGCCGCUAAACUGGAGAAAGUAGUGUCCGAGAGACUAGCAACGCUGCAAGCUAGGAAGGACUCUAAUGCGGCCGGGGACGCUAGCACAGUAACCAGCACGAAUCCAAACUUGAAUUACCUGCAAGACCUGAACAACUCCGCAUCGGAAUGCAUUGACCCUUCUGUGGUGUUGUUCCCUUACCCGGUUGCCGAGAACCCUAAACCCACACAAACGACUACAGCGUGUGCCAUGGAUUUGCCUUUGGAUACUCCACCGAACAGUGGUAGCAGCAGCGAUAGCGAUUCAGAAGAGGAGGAGGAGGAGGAAGAAGAGAUUGAUGUGGUGACAGUGGAAAAGAGAAAGUCUGUAAGGAGGUCAGACUCGCACAUGUCUAGCAGCUCACACCUCUGCCCCCUUGUCCUGAAACGGUGUCAUGUCAACAUCCACCAACACAACUACGCCGCUCACCCGUCGACGAGGAGCGAGCAGCCCGUCAAGAGGAUUAAGUUUGAGAGCAGUGGGAGAGUACUCAAGCAAAUCAGCAACAACCGCAAGUGCUCGAGUCCCAGAACGUCAGACUCUGAGGAUAAUGACAAACGCAGGACUCACAAUGUGCUGGAGAGGCAAAGGCGAAAUGAGCUCAAGUUGAGCUUUUUCGCAUUACGGGACGAGAUCCCGGACGUAGCGAGCAAUGAGAAGGCAGCCAAAGUGGUCAUACUCAAAAAGGCAACAGAGUGCAUUUUCAGUAUGCAAACGGACGAGCAGAAACUGUUAUUGUUGAAAGAGCAGUUGAGGAAAAAGAGUGAACAGUUGAAAAGCAGACUAGAGCAGCUGAGGAACUCUCAGCAAGUUUAAUGAAUGAAAGGGUGCCAUGUUUUUAUGCCCAAAGUAACUUCUUGUGUAGAGUGGUGGUGCAUGCAAAUGCAAAAAUGACUCGGUAUCACAGGUAUCGGCCAGACACCUGGGCUGGAAUCAGAAUUAUUAUUUUCUUUCACUGCCUCACUUGAACUUUCUAGGGGUUAUCAAUUUCUUAUUUAAGUAUUUUAUUUUUAUUGAUGAAAGGUUCUGCACAGUUGUCUACCUUAACUUAAUGCUUUUGUAUGUUUUGUACAUAAUUCUCGAAUGUAUUGAUCUCACAAAUACAUUUUUAUAAAUCACGUAUGACUGGUGUCACGUGUCCUACCUUGAAAUUAGAACUUAAUUUGCAUUAGAUAGUCAUGAGCAUGGCUUGCCUGUUUACUCUGACCACACUUUCACACAAGUCCUAGCAACCUCAUGCUAGCUGGCCUUUUGCCAACCCUUUAAUUUUAAGGUCAAAGCUCCAUUUCACUGUACAUGUCUGCUUAGGUUUACUGCACACAGCCAUGUGCAUGAUGUGCUUAAAGCCUUCCCACACUGUACAUCAGUAUCUUUAAUGAUCAUUACAUAUCACACUGACCGCCCGGUUUCCCGCUAGAACAUAUGCUUAUGAGUGUUUUUACCGAUACAUUGUUUCUACAACAGCUGCCGUAACAUGCGUCUUAAUUGAUUUUGAAAUGGGCUUGUAGCUUACUUUAUGCAGUAAUCUCGGUCUUCACUUGAGGCAUACUUUUAUCCUUUGCUUGUUUUGUAACAAUUGUAAAGACAUUGACAACC